UAAUGAGACUAGAGUCAAAUAGAAUCGAAAUAUCUAUUUUUUUCUUCAUCAGAUCAAUCAAGUCAUCGUAAGAUACCAACAGUCAAGCCUAAACGGAAAGUAAGAACAUCUUUUGUUUUGAUGGACCUAGUAGUCUGUAAUGCUACCGUCGUAGUUAGCCAGUCGAUAAUCCCAGCCGGACCCCGCGGAGACCUCGGUGAGAUCCACAUCCGGCAUUAAGAGAAAUCUCUUCUUAAUGUCAAUGAGUUUGAUCCCCACGACCGCCAGUUACUUAAUUAAGGGUCUGUUUUUACUCCAUUAAGUUUCAUGAAUUUUAGCCUAUCAAAAGACAGCAUCUAGUACGUGACUUUGAUAUGCUUAAAUAUGUGUUGAAACGGUUCCUCGGUACUUGCCGUGGGAUGCUGGUACUGACUCUUUUCUUGCACUAAAUAACCCGUUUUCUAGAAAUUAACCCUUGUCUGGCUGUCAGGGGGAUAGGAAGGGUAGUGGAUUCUUUAUGAUUCCUCUCAUAAUAACGGGUUCUUCUCUACUUAAUAAAUACAUUUACCAUAUAGGUAGACGCACGAUCUAAGGAGCCAUUAUGGGAUUCGUCAGUGGCAUAAGGCAAUUCCUCUCAGGGACCAGGAAAGAUCCAAAAUCGAAACCUCCGUGGCUCCUCUCAAUUCGGUCCUCGAAGACCCUGAUAAUGCUAACUGUGGCCCUGGCUAUCUUCACCGAUAUCUUCUACUAUUCACUGAUAGUUCCAGUCGUGCCGUUUUCACUCACUAUUCAAGUCGGCAUCCCCGAAGACCAAGUUCAACACUGGACCUCCAUCUUGUUGUCCUGCUACAGCGUAGCUUUAUUCGUCGGUAGCCCCAUUGCUGGAGUGUACGCGGAUCACACCUCAUCACGACGAUGGCCAUUGCUUAUCGGGCUUAUUGCGCUAGCUGCCUCGACUCUGUUGCUAUGUUUUGGCAACUCAAUCGGCCUGUUGGUCGUGGGCAGGCUGCUUCAAGGGUUCAGUGCGGCUAUUGUCUGGAGUGUAGGAUGCGCCUUGGUAGUUGACACCAUGGAGAGCGCUGUGGGUGUCGCCGUAGGUUACUUCGGUGUGGCGGUGAGUGUCGGAACGCUUAUCGGCCCGGUCAUAGGAGGUGCUGUAUACAGCGCAGCGGGUUAUUACGCUGUUUACUACGUCGCCUUCGGUGUUGUUGCCCUUGACAUUUUGUUACGACUCGUCAUGAUCGAAAAGAAGGUUGCCAAGCAAUGGAUUGAUGAGGAUGAGUACACUAGCCCUCCAGGAAUAGGGACUGGACAGUCAGAUAUCGAGGCUACUAGUUUGCCCAAUGGGGCAAAGGAAAUACGUGUCGCAGCCCAAGAAAAAGGUGACGAUAAAAUGCGAACUGAAGGCGUCAAUAAUACCGAUCAGGACCCGAUAACGCCAACCACGAAAACUGGUAUAGGCUCCUCUUUCAAGAUCCUUUUGAAGUCACCGAGAUUACUUGCCACGUUAUACGGCCUCUGCACCCAGUCCGGUACCAUGAUGGCGUUCGAUGCCACAUUAGCUUUAUUCGUCCAGAGCACCUUCGAAUGGAGUUCGACAGCCGCUGGAAUUAUGUUUCUAGCAAUCUUUAUACCUACCUUUAUCUCCCCGGUGGUGGGUUGGCUUUCGGACAAAUAUGGCGCUAAAUGGCCAUCGUUCUUCGGAUUCUGCCUAACUGUGCCGCUACUUGUGUGCCUCCGCUUCGUCACCCAGAACACUAUCCAGCAUAAAGUAUUACUCGGCUUCCUGCUUGCCCUACUAGGAAUCUCCUUAUCAUUUGUCAACGUACCCCUCAUGGCCGAGAUUACCUAUGCCAUCGAAGAUAAAGCCGCUGAGGAGCCGGGGAUCUUUGGAGAAAAGGGGGUAUAUGGUCUGGGCUACGGGCUCUUUACCAUGUCCUUUGCUCUCGGAGGGACCAUUGGGCCUUUAUGGGCUGGUUAUGUUUUCAAAUCUGCAGGAUGGGGUACCAUGACGUGGAGCUUUGCUGUCUGGGCAGCAACAGGGGCAAUAGUCGUAUUCAUCUGGGUUGGCGCCAAAGUCGAUAGGAUAGAGAGAGCAGAAGGAACGAUUACAAGCCAGCACAAUGAAAAUAAUGCGAAUUAAUGGUAUCACAGAGUAUAUACCUAGGUAUAUAGGUACGGGAAUAGAACUACGGUAAUCUUAUUUAACUAGCUCUACAAUA